AGGAGGAGGAGGGGUCGGGGGUCGGGCUCCAGACGCUGCUGGGGCUUUCGCGACGACGAGGAGGAGGGGGGGGAAAGAAGAAGAAGGGGAGCUGGACGUGACGGACCUGAGCUUCAGGCCGCUGCGGGGCUGAUCGCCGGACGGAGACCCCGGAAGGGCGGCGGACGAGCUGGAAGAGGAGGAAGGCGACAUUUUCCCCACUUUGAUCAACAUGGAAAGCUCAGAUUCUAAUAAUAAAGGAAGUGUUGCUCAGUCUGAAGCACAGCGUCGGAGUCAGCUGGACCGCCUGGAUCGGGAAGAAGCUUUCUAUCACUUCGUGAAUAAUCUGAGUGAAGAAGACUACAGGCUAAUGAGGGAUAACAAUUUGCUAGGCACCCCUGGUGAAAUUACUGAAGAAGAGUUGUUGAGAAGGCUGCAGCAAAUUAAGGAAGGCCCACCCCAGCAGAACAUGGAAGACAAUAGAGGUGCAGAAUCCGCAGAAGAUGUAUCUAAUGGCGAUUCCAUAAUAGAUUGGCUUAACUCAGUUCGACAGACUGGGAAUACAACACGAAGUGGGCAAAGAGGAAACCAGUCUUGGAGGGCAGUGAGCCGGACUAACCCAAACAGUGGGGAUUUCAGAUUCAGUUUAGAAAUAAACGUCAAUCGUAAUAAUGGUAACCCAAAUCCCGAAACUGAGGGUGAGCCAUCUGUGGAACCACCCAGCAGAGAAGAACUGGAAAAUAACCAAAGUGAUGCUGAGCCUCCAAGAUUUGAGACUCCUCCUGUUGUAGGGCAGCCUGGACCAGAAAUUAGCCCCCCUGAAGUGAUAAAUGAAGCAGUUGCUCCUCACAGAGGCCUGAGGAGAUCAAGAAGCCGAAGUCCAGAACAGCGGAGAACACGAGCUAGGACUGAUAGAAGUAGGUCACCCCUUAAUCCAAUGAAUGAAUCUGCACGUCGGGUGCAUCAUAAUAUAUCUUCUCAGACACCUGACCUUCCCCCAGUAAGUGAAGCAGAAGGAAGCUCUAGAACAAGACAACAUAUGGUAAUAAGGCAGCAUACAACUACAUCUGAGAUGCCCAGUGAAAAUGCAGUGCUAUUUUCAACUCCUGAAGCAAGACCCUCUCCUCAGGCAACAGCUCCUCCAGAAACAAAUGGCAGUGCAGAGUCUGCAGCCCCUGGACAGAGGCCUCCAACUAUUGUCCUUGACUUACAAGUGAGACGAGUCCGUCCAGGAGAAUACAGGCAGAGAGACAGUAUAGCCAACCGAACUCGAUCAAGAUCCCAGACGCCAAACAAUACUGUGACAUACGAAAGUGAGCGUGGAGGUUUUAGGCGCACAUUUUCACGCUCAGAAAGGGCAGGAGUGAGAACUUACGUCAGUACCAUUAGGAUUCCUAUCCGUAGAAUUUUGAAUACAGGCCUGAGCGAGACGACGUCUGUUGCCAUUCAAACCAUGUUAAGGCAGAUAAUGACUGGCUUUGGUGAGCUCAGUUACUUCAUGUACAGUGAUAGCGAUGCAGAGCCUGGUGGCCCAGCACCAACCCCAAAUGUAGAAAUGGCAGAACCGCAGGGUGGAGGUGUCAGCGGAAAUAGUAGUGGUUCAAGUCAUGAAGGUCCUGAUCCUUCUGCACCAGGAGAGGCAUAUGAAGGCAGUAAUGAAGGGGCUUCCACAGCUAGUGCUAGGCGAGAAGGACGGAAUGCCAGGGGUUCUGUUACUUUUGAAGAAAGUGGCUCUCUUCCAUUCCUGAGCCUGGCUCAGUUUUUUCUGCUUAAUGAAGAGGACGAUGACCAACCCAGAGGCCUCACCAAGGAGCAAAUUGACAACCUAGCCAUGAGAAAUUUUGGUGAAAGUGAUGCUCUGAAAACCUGUAGUGUCUGUAUUACAGAAUACACAGAGGGGAAUAAACUGAGGAAGCUCCCAUGCUCUCAUGAGUACCAUGUACACUGCAUAGAUCGCUGGCUGUCGGAAAACUCUACCUGCCCAAUUUGCCGUCGAGCAGUCUUGGCUUCUGCUAACCGAGAGAGUGUUGUCUAAGCAAGGUGUGAACUUUGAGCUGAGUGCACAAGAUGAGCUAGCAGUGGGCAAAGAAGCCACCUUUCUGUGGCCACUUUUUGUGUGGUAGGUAUAAAAGUAAAACAAUCCUCCCGAAAUGAUUUAUUUUUUUUAAACAACCCUUACUAGUGGGAACCUUCUUGGUUAAGGUCCUGAAAAUAAUACUGGGUUUGUGUCAUCAGUUAAAACAAGUGAGCAAAAAAACACCCCUACAUUUGCCCAAAGACACUUACCUGCUGUGUUCUCAGUUUAUUCCAGCACAAACAAGGUUCACAUCUUUCCUCUUCCAUCCAAGUGAGUGGUGAAUGCUGAAGAUCCUAACAUUCUGCUCUUCCCCGUGAAGAAUAUGACUGGAAUCAUUCAGCUACAUAUACAAGCUCAUGUUUCACUGUGGAUUAAAACAAAAACUGAACAAUAAAUUUCCACCCCUAAAUAUGAUUUAGUUCCUUCCUUGUAUAGGGUAUUGAACAUGGCAAUGUAAAUAACACUAAUAUUAGCCCUCUCCCACUGUACAGCUGUUUUUAGCCCAACACUAUGGUAUGCCAUAGAAUGAGCUGGUAGUUUUAAUGGGGAUAUUUAUCUUGCUGUGGAAAUAUGUUAAUUGCUUAUGCCUGUUUUAAAUGAACACACUUUUGUUUUUAAAAAUGUAAAGCUUUUUGUAUAGAUCAAUAAAGUUUUAAUUGCACUGCUGUA